AUGUACUGCAUCUUUGCUUGUGAUGGCUGUAUUUCUGAUAAAGGAGGUCCCACUAGUGCUGAAAAGUCAUAUAUUAUUCAGUUUUGUCAGGCUUCAGGAUGGCUUGUCUUAUAUAUUUCAACAGCGGGAGAUCUUACUAGAGAUGAUAAUAAAAUGGCAGCUAGUAUUAUUCUAGAAAGAUUUCUUCAUGUUGAAGAAGAGAAGCUGAAGGAUAUUCAGUUCAAGGAAAAUGGACUAUCUCUAUAUGAUCUCAUUUCAGAUGGU